CGACCUCGAUCUCGAGAACAUCACCAUGUUCCCCGCCCCCGAGAACAGUCUCUCCAGCACGCCCACCACCCAACAUUCCAUGGACACAAAUGCCUUCAACUGGGAUGCCAACGCCAACCUCACCACCAUCCUCACCCCCAUCACAGGCGAUGCCAGCACCUCAUAUGCAGCGUUUUUCGACGAGCACGAGGCCACCGUCGGACCGUGGACGCACGUCCCGGACCUCGUGGCUCCUUUCUCGGUAGUGCACACGAGCCAAGAGCUACCUAUGGAUAAUGGCACAGAUCCCGCUGCACUGGUUCCAGUCGACGAAAUUACUAUCAACCCUCCUCCCGAGUUUGACUUCGCAGAGCACGAUCAGGUCACGCCAGAUGCGAGUGGCCUCUGGCUACCCUGGUCCUCGCAGAGCCUGACAGCGUCGGAGAUGGCUGCGCUUGCGCUGUCGGUGGCGAGGCAGCGGGAGGAGCAGAUGCAGGGGGGUCAGAUACUGCAACAGACACAGGCACAGAAUGAUGCGGCUGCGGGAGGCAAAAAGGUACGCCGUGGUACGAGAAGACUGUAGGCUAUGCUUGCUUGCUUGAGCUUGUAGAUGAACUCUGUGUGUAAGUGUUUAUGUUUCUGCGGGAUCCCAGCCCUAAUGAAGGAUGAAAUGGGACGAGACGAAAAGCUGGGAAUGCCUAUGGUGUUGAUCGCUUUGCUUGAAUGUUUCCAUGUUUGAGUACUCUCUAUGCAUUGUUUCGGAUUGCAGGCGAAUACCGGGGUUAUUGUUUGAUGACUGGUUUGUAUUGUAUUCUGAAGCU